AUGUCCCCCAAAAAGGCCGCUGGCGCGGCACAGACCGCAAAAGCCAUCAACAAGAAGUCACAAGCAGAAGACAAACAUGUAGCGGCAACGGAUGAGGAAAACACUAGAAAAAAAGACGAGAAACGGGAACCACAGAAUGCAAACGCCCAAAAGUCAUCGCAUAAUGACCAGGAAGGAACCAGCCGAGCCGGCCAAAAGCGCAAAGCUCCUCCCAUCACUUCUACCAGAGAUAGGCCUCCUAAGAAAAAUCCACGCGCCGGCAGCCGUACUUCGUCUCGCCAACCCGGCGGCGGAACAGCCAACGACGCAACGGCCAAACAUAUCCUCAAUUUCCUCCUAUCUGCCGAUGCCCUCCCUUACUGCUACCCCUCGGACGAGCUUGACUCCGCCAAGUCCGGCAAAUUCAAGAAAACCUACUCCCUCACCCCGCCCAGUCUCUUCACGCCCUUUGAGCAUCUCAUUACCGCUCACCUAAUCUCAAAGCCCCUAUCACAUACCCUCGGCAUGCGCAGCACCAGGACAUUACUCAAUGAACCUUACGGCUUCUCUACGCCCGGGAAGUUGCACCAUGCUGGCGAAGAGAACAUCUGGCAUGCCUUGGAAGAAGCGAGAACCCAGCAUAGGCAAAAGACUGCAGUCUUUCUUGCAGAACUGGGCGCACAUUUUGCGGUGCUUGAUUCCAAGAUAAACGCCGCCGGCCAAGGUGACAGCGACCCGAUGCGGGAGCUAGCCGAGCAAGUCAACGAGCGCGGUCCACGUGCUACAAUUGAGUAUAUCAAGAAGACUGUCAAAGGCAUGGGCGAGACCGGCGCGCAAAUUUUCUGCCGCCGUGUUCAGGCCUGUGAGGGCUGGGGUAAGGCUUUGUGGCCGUAUGCGGAUCCGCGCUCGGUCGAUGCGCUGCGGGAGAUAGGGGUGGAAGUCGCUGAUGCAGGAGGUCUGCAAGAGAUGAUCGAGAAAGACGUGGAUCUGGAAGCGAUCAAGCAAAAUGGUUGGCUGGGUCGCAACAGAGAGACAAAGGGCGAUGAUGCCGAUCGCGAGACCGUGUUCGUGACGGUGCUAGAGAGAGCAAUAGGGUGUGUGUUGGAGGGUAAGGUUGGAGAAGUGAGGAGCGCUGCUGUGGCGGCAUCAGGAAAGUAA